CAUGUUCUUCGCGGUGUUGCGCGGCUGUCGGUGGUGGUGUGGCCUUUCCGUUUCUUUCGCGGGUCGCGCGCGUGUGUGCAGUGGUGUUUCCGUGUGAGCUCGCGGUUCGGGUCCUGUUGUUUACGGCCGAAACGACCACUUCCGCCAGCGUUGCAGCAAGCCGCAUCGGUUCCUACGGCGGCUCCUGUAUGCCUACCUCGACAAAAUGAAGGACCAGGCGGGCCCUUCGGACUCCUGGGUGUCCGGCGUCAAGUUGGGCAUCGUCAGGCUGGGCCGCGCCGCCGGAAAGAUAAAGUAUACCCUGCUGGAUGAAAGGGACAUAACACUGGUCCACGAAUACUCAUUUGAGGCUCGUGUGGAGGUGGACAAGGAUGGCAAUGGGGCCCAGAUAUUUGCCUACGCCUACGAGAUGAAUCAGGGAAAGAGCACUGGGCAGUACCUCCACCAGCUGCUCUGGGAGCGACACUUUGGUGGAGUUGCUCCUGGGUUCCGGGUGGUGCAUCUGAAUGGGGUCACUAUGGACAACCGGCUGGAAAACCUGGCUCUGGAGCGCAUAUGCCUGCUCUCGGCACCUCACCUGGCUGACGUGCACAUGCCGGCUGCCCCCUCAACGCCUGUGGCAGAGUCUCAGCCAAACAAGCAGCGCGAGCAGUCCCUCUACUGGGCUGCCAUCCAGCAACUACCACCAGAGCACCUUGUGGAAGAGCUUGCAGAUGCUGCUGUCACCAAGUAUUACAAUGCCAACGGUGAAGUGAUUGAGGAAGAUGAGGAGGGUGGCUGCUACUACGAGUGCCACUAUCCGCCCUGUAGCAGCCUGGAGCGGGAGCCCCGCGAAUUCAGCAUCUGUGGCCGCUGCCAAGCAGCCCGCUAUUGUGGCCUCUUCUGCCAGCAGCGUGACUGGCCCUUACAUAAGCGCCACUGCCGUCCCCGGCUCCGAGCGCAUCGUGAGAAACCCCCCGAGCGAUGACUUGUCAUUUCCACGUUCAUCUGAGGCAGCCUGUCAUCUGAGCUCUGCACAUUGGGGACAUUCUUUCACUGCCAGCCUGUCAAUAGUACCUGCUGGCUGUGGUUAGAAGCACCGCUGGGACCUGCACUUCUCAAGGUGGUGACAGCCAUAUUGGCUCAGUCCCUGGGAGUCCUGUCGACUGCCAAGCUUCAUGAGAGUGUGUGCUUCCCUUGGGAGAACUUGUGAGCUGUGGUGGCAGCGCUACCAGAGGCCUUGUCAUGCUAAUUGAGCAUUCAUUGCUCUUGCUUCACUGCCAGAACAUCGGUGCACAAACCGUGGGGUGUUGCACUUGGCAGAACCGGCACAACCUGAUCACCUCUCUGCAUAUGGCAGUGCCUCCAAUUGAACACUUAAGUGUGUUUUUGUACUCUGUGUCUAUUAAAGCAGUGCAUGCAUGCGUGUUAUCCCUCCUUCUUGCUUUCUCACAAUCAUGUCAAUGCAUCCAUCAGGCUUUUAUUAUUUUCUUUUAACUGGUGCUGUUGCCUUCCUGUGUCCCUCUAGUUUUGCCGUGAUGUGUUUUCUCGUCAAAAGUGUUCUUUGUUGUUGGCAGCAUGCAGUUUUAAUGUUUGGGUUGUCGUUACCAUUCUCACUUGAGGUUGUGCGAGAGAGUGGUGGUGUUGAGGAGUUCCAACGUCAUUGACAUUCCUUUGAGGCUUCCCUCUGCCCAGCUUUGUUGCUUGCAGUUGUCCAGUAGGCUAAUAUAAAUUGUUGCAUCCAUUCUUGUGAGCAUGCAUCCUGAACUUGUUCUGAUGUUUGGUUUCAAGCUGGAGAAUUUGAGCCUCGAGUUUCAAUUUUUAUGUCGGCAGCAGUCUUUUUUUUCCAAUUUUAGCCAAAGCAGCACCUGGGGUCAGUUUCACUGCUAAUGGAAAGGAAAAGAGCUUUGUGAACUUCCUGGCAAAUGCUCUAUAUUAACGAGGCCUGAUGAGAGUGCACAAGUCCCAAUUUAAGCUGCUAGAAAGCUUGCUAGUGAGCUGUGCAUUGAAUGCCUUCCCUUCCCCCCAUCUCUUACUUGCCCUUUCUGAACUCUUGCUGAGGGUCCAAAACAAAGGUGUCUUGUAGAAAACAGAGAUAUCAAGCCUAUUUCGGUGAAGCAGUAAAUGAUGAGUAAUAACUCCCCAGCAGUUCUAACCACUAUGAAAAUAAUUCCGCUGCUGGUAAACUGCCUCUGGUGUAGCUGUUGGAUAUACUGCCACUUGUAUCUGGAGCCAGUCAACUGUGCUUUGUCGGAACAGUGUUUUGUACAGAGCGCUCCAGUGUGUCUGCAAUUACUGCACCCUUUGAUGUUGGAUGGUAGUGCCAGUUUUGAGAUCCAAUUUCCUGCCCACAAUUGCCCCCUGUAAACACUCCUACCUGUAGGCUAGCUGGUAAUCAAUCUAUGGGCAGUGUCACCAGUAUGUUCCGAGUGACCACCCUUUUAAGUGUGCUUGGUAACGUGCACCCACAACAAUGUUGCUUGGUGUAAGAGCUUACACAAACUGUCACUGGUGUCCUUGAAAAGUGUCGUUUGUGUUGCUGUUACUGAUCAUGGUCACUAGAAUUGUGCUAGUGCCAUCUGCUCAUUUCCACUGAGGAGCUUUACGCGCAAGUGUUGGAAGAACUUUGAAGGGUCCUCCAGGUUUUCCCCACUGCAGUUCUGCUGUUUCACCUCCAUGCCGUCCGUGCCCUCUCUGCCAAAUUCUGUCGGCACUGCCCAUGCACUUUGUCUGUGAAGCCCACUUUCUCAAGGAAAAUCGCCACAGAGACUUCUACCUCCCUCAUAUGACUUGUACAGGUCUGUUGUUCUUGUGGGUAGUGUAAGCUACAUUUCUUACCAAGGCCCUUGUGUCAAGUGUUGUCCACUUGCAACACAGAGGUGGAAUAGCGUGCCACUUUUCGGUUGUGACACACAGGCCUGAGUUGUUGGCUGUCUGAAACUUCUGUCCACAGUACGGGUGUUGAGAAUGCAGUUUCAGUGGUGUUGUAGCUUUUGUGUGCUCUGCAUUUAGGGAGAGCAUGUUGCCAGUGAUAGAGCAGCACACAUUCAAGAAUGCUAUAGGUGCUGUGUGGAAUGAACCACCUUGUGAUCUGUCGUUGAGCUGUUUGCACAUGGUUGCAUAGUGACGGUACCUGUACACUGCCAGUUGUACUCGUAGUUGGAGUUUCGGUUUGAUAAUGUGAGACGUGUGAAGCCUUUUGAAAUGAGCCAAAUCCUGCCACACUUCAGCAGUGCCGAUUUUGUUCUUCUUGCAAUUGGAAGCAUUCAUGUAUAACAGAUUUGUGCUGUCCGAUUGCCAACUGCAAGCACAACAUAGCAGCCGCAGCAAACGAGAAUAGGUGACAUUGGCUAAAAAUAGUUACAGGAGUUGCGCAUUUUUGCACUCAUUACAGUUUACACCACCUGGUAUUUGCUGAGGCACCGAAAACGUGGUCUGGGUUUUGGAAGUGCACCUGCAAUUGGCUAGUUCAUACAUUUUCAGCUUAGCUGGAUUGUGGACUCAUUUUUGAAACGUGUGGCUGAGACAUGAGGCUGUGGCAUGACUGUUCUAGAUCCAAACAUACUCUUGAGGUCUACUGCAAGAAGUUUGCUGAGUAUCUCUUCUGUCUGGGGAAGGUAGCAGCAUCGUUAUUGCCAGGAGUUAUAUCCCGAAUGCUCAAAGAAAUGAAUACAGGGUUCCGUAUGCUCUUGGUGCCCCCAUUGUGUUGCAGUGCAGAGAUCUCUUUGGCCUGAACAGCAUUGAUACUCCUGCAGCUGUCAACGAAAUGACGGCUUUCUGGCAGCUACUUCGUUUUUGUGGUGCAAACUGCAAUUGGUGUGGAGUAGUUAAAUAGUGAGCUGUUGCAUCAGGACAGCUGAGUAACAUGCAGGUCUGUUAACAUUUUUGAAGACUGGUGUAAAACAUUGUCAUUUGCAUGUUUUUCAAUGUAUUUUAUCCUUUUUGACCACUCAAAUGUUUUACUUGUCUUUGUGACUGCUUUUACCUUGUCUAAUGUACAUUGCUGCAACUUUUUUUAACUUGGGAGUUCUGAAAUUUUGUCAUUAUAUUUAGCCUCACUGCUCAUGUCUGCAUCUCUAUUAUCAGAAAUCUGUGUUGCGAGGAUUGUGUUAAAAAUAUCGACACCAGUUUACGUGUAGUUGCGACUGGUAAAAUGGAAAAUCCCAUAAAAAUGAGCGAUAGGUGCUGAAUUAUUAUGCCUAGUUUGUCUUCUACCUUGUUUUCAAUUUCUGAAGCUGGUCAUUUUGGCAAAUUGUUGCGAUUGCUACUCACACACAACACCCUUUGUCAAAGAAGUUUCAGGACUGAUUAUUACAAGCUUAUAUUUGAAUAAGCAAGUUUGAAUUGCAGAAUGCCUCACAUAUGUCUGGGGGGUAGUGAAAAUGUUUCAUAUGUGACCUACUGAGACGUUUAUUGCACUGUUGUGUUCAGUUUGAGCAGCAGAAGCAAUGCUUGUAAAUAUGGAGCAGUGCAUCAGUAUAAAGGUUCGUCAAGUUAGGGAAAUUAAUUGCAGCAAGCAUGGAACUUGCUGCAUUAAAUGUAUUGUGACCAAGUACUUUUCUGAAGCCACCUGUUAUGGUACAAGAAUUUUUGGGAGGGUAGGAUUUCAAUGGGAGACCUGCACAUAUUCACAAUUCGGCUGGCUCAUGUAGUGAGAAGCAUUGCCAAAGAAGCCUUCACACUUGCUUGCUUCGAAAGCUGCUUCGAAACAUCCUCUAAGCUGUGUAGGUAGCACGGCAAAAUACCUUGGCAAGACAAAUAGCUAUUUGAUCAGUUUUGCAAUUGCAAAACAAGGGGAAGAUUUUGGGGCGUACUUGAAGGCAACAGUUACAUAGCCUAGCAGCUACUGAGAAGAAACUGCCCUAAUUGUAUUGGCUCACAAGCUACAGCAUGUUUGUUUGUAUGGCUGUAAACUCCCAUGGUGCCAUUUGCCAAAUUUGGCUGUUCUUGGUACUGCCUGCCUUUGUGGGCACUGUUCUCUUUAGUAGCUGACACUUUUGUGAAAGAUGUUGAAACCUUGUUGAGUUGUGAUAAUCUUCAAGAGCCUAAGAGCUUGCACAUUCACACAAUGAGAUGGGCUCUCAUUCAUUGCACUGGCAAGUGCGUCUGCUGUAACCCAAAUAUGUGCGCUUUUUUGUUGACUUUCUUGUGCCAUUACCAAAAAGCGUUCCAGAGCGAUCGAGAUUUGUCAUUAGCUGCAAAGUUCAUUGCAAGUAGCUUUGCAGAGGUCGUCCUUCUAGGAAAGGCCAGGAACAGGCAGUUUGCAUAUAACCUCUGUUGCUCACGCUAAGACCCCCUAACAAGCUUUAUGCACUGGCCUGUUUCAUAAUAUGCCAAAGGGGACGGCCCAGGUCUCUUGAUUGUUUUUUAUACCCAAUAUUUUCGGUCAUCAAGUGCAUCUGCUGUUUUGCUGUGUAAAACAUCACACAGAAGCAAUGGCAUAUUGUAGAUUGUAGUUUAUUUUGAGUGUUGUACCAUGGUCUCUGUGUUCCGUAUUCUGCAUUCUAGUCUGGCUGAGUGAACACAAUGAGCGCAUGAUCUCAACAAGCCAACCAGAGUGCAGAAUGAGUGACGUUCAUCACAUGUGGCUCUGUUUACCUUUUGUUUAGCAACUCAUUUGCACAUUAAGGAUAGUAGCUUCAUUGUGCCGUGUGGUCAGUUGCAAAAUGCAUGAGAACUGCAGCAGUAGAGCUAGCAUUGUGCAACCUUGUUCAUGUCUUAAGGGUGACAGGUAGGUCGCGCUGAUGCACAGAACUGUGGCCAUUUUUCAUGUAGCUUUUGACUGCUUAAAAUUUGUAAUAAGCUGCCUGUUGAAUUUGCUAAUUUGCUACCGAAGUAGAAAUGGGCAGAGAUUCCUCGUAUGAAUGGCCAUCCAACUGUACUGCGCAGACCGAUCCACCUUUCGGUGAUGCUGCCCUAUAUUACAAUGCAACUGGUUCCAACUUGUCUGUGCCUUUGCAUGGCUGCCUACAGUCAGCAGCUGCGCUGGUGCGAGCCCACCCACCUAGGCUUGAGCAAUAAGCUCCCUGCCCAUAUCAUGACUAUAACAACUCUUUUUGCAUUUUGUCAUUGUUCAAAACUGCUCCACAUACAAGAUCAGUCAGUCAUGGGCAGUGAAUGAUAAAAGGGAAACAGCACUCUGCCACACUUUUGUCUUCAAAGUGCUGCAACCGUUUUGUGUGAAGUUUUGUUAGAAAGUUUCUUGUGCACCCCCCUCGCUUCCUCCCCCCCCUCUUUUUUUUUAAGGGCACUUGCUUGGCGCUUCAGUUAUUGCAUCAACAGGGUUCCGCUGGCAUGUGUCUGCUGUGCGAAGGUGCAGGGUGUUUGGGUGCGAUCUAAUUGUUUUUGUUGUGGUGGAAUAAUCUAGUCCCUUGCUACGCACUGGCCUGUUUAUUUUCUUUGAUUUUUCUUUUAUUGCUGCACUGUUUGCAAGUUUAAGCAAGUCUGAGUAUUUACAGGGUUUUGCACAAAGGUACAUGAAUUCUUGGCUCUCUGAUCGUCCCAGUGAAUUGGUGAGCUAUGAAAGGGUGUGCAGCUGGGAAAUUUGUUUAUAUUAUUAGGAAGUGGGGAGACAAAGCUUGAAUUAAAAAAACUGAACCGAUCAUGUUUUCAUCUCUCUAAUUGUUCUAUAAACCAUUUCCCCAUUCCUUAAGAAUGGUAGGAUGGGGUUGUGAAAGCUCCUGUGGAGUGGCUGUAUUCUAUGGGGCAGCUUUCACAGAAUGUUUUAAUGUACAAUGGAUUGCAACAGACUUUAACGUACAGAAAUUUCUUGAGAGCAUCAGUAGAUAACCCUGCCCAUAGGUAAUAAAGUGACCGCUGGUAACUAUCUGAAAUGACAGACUAGUAGUAGUAAGCUCCCACUGGGUCGAGCACUUCUGACCGGCACUUACUGUUUAGCUCCUCUGGUAUACAUCUGCCAUCUGCACUCAAAUUGCAUACCAGCUCAGAAAUGUAGGCUGCAUUUUCAAGCAAAAUUUUGUCCAUCAUGAAGACCAUGUUUCCUGGAACCGGUGCUUUGCUGCUGAUGCUUGACUACACAGUUACUGACCCUCAAGAGCCUUGGAUUGCCCUGUGCAACCCUAGUGUGUCCCCUUUUCCCUCAAUUGUUUACAUGACCUGCAUCUUAAGUUCCUCCACUGUAUUACUCUUCUCAUACCUUUCUUGUCUAAUUUGCUAAACAAAUUAUUUAUUACCAUGAAAGUAUCCAGUAUGCAUGAGUGGUCAUAAUGUUGCCUAUACAGUCCUUUCUUGCAUUCUGAGAGUUUUGCAUCAGUUGUACAAUAUUUGUCAUACGAGAGCAAGAAUGUUUGCCGUCACCCCUUAGGUUGUGAAUAUGUGUUGCUGGAUUGUUAAUUGCCGUGUUCAGUUUUUGUCCGAGCUUUUGUACCUUGUAAUAUUGCCCUGCACCUGGCCUGAAUGAGCUUUUAUAUAAGCAAAAUUUAAUUUUUACUGAUCGUGCUUAAAUUUACGUGGACCACAAAAAUAAACCUUGUCGCCACAGGUCCAAUGUUGCCACUUUUUUUUCUUUCUACUUCCCUUUAAUUGCACAGCCACCACACUGGCCCAGUGGCCCCGCCACGGUGGUCUAGUGGUUAUGGCACUCGACUGCUGACCCGAAGGUCGCGGGAUCGAAUCCCGGCCGCGGCGGCUGCAUUUUCGGUGGAGGCGAAAAUGUUUGAGGCCCGUGUACUUAGAUUUAGGUGCACGUUAAAGAACCCCUGGUGGUCGAAAUUUCCGGAGCCCUCCACUACGGCGUCUCUCAUAAUCAUAUGGUGGUUUUGGGACGUUAAACCCCAGAUAU